ACCAUUCGUCCGUCAAUGUUUACAUCAAAGUAUGACGCGUAUUUAAGAAGAAAUCUCUAUCAAACUUAUCAAAAAUCUCAGCUGAUGAUGUCGGUUUCAACGGAGAAAUUAAUUUCUGAUGAGGAUAAUUCUUUACAAUUGCAGGACGAGAUAACUAGGAAGCAGGAGGAACUAGCUAAGAAGGCAGAGGAAUAUACGACGACAGUAGGUAGUUAUACUGCCUGGAACACAAACGUAGAUCUAGGACCUCCCGACUCAACUGCCUCACUGACCAAAGAUGACGUACAUAUACAGGAUUACUACAAUGCUUUACAGUAUAGCUUGUUUGAGAACAAUCUUCCCGAGACUAUUGACAGAACGCAGAAACCGAGAACAAGUCACCCGGAUACGGAAGUUGCAAUCGUUGUUUUGGCAUCACCAGUGGAAUGUCUAGCGAUACUGCUAGAAGGUGGACGACAAUGUCCGGGCGAAAUGUUACUUGUGAUGUCACCUUCAUGGUUAAUUAAGGAUAAAUCUAAUAAAGGUGAAGGUCAACAUUCGCUUUUUGUCAAAAAGGCAAUUGUUUUUGAUCGUACCGGAACCUCCUUUAUCGAUGUGUUCGAGAAACCUAGACGGUGUACCUACUUUGUGAACUUCUUCACACGUGCAUGCACUGAUGGUCAAAGAAGUGAUGGUGUUGAUGUUGAGUUGGAUUUGGACUGCCCGAUGUCCAGUUCUGUUGAGCUGUGUAAAUACGUGGACGAUAAACUAUUGACUCGUAUAUGGAUGGCGGAAGCGGGUGUGCAUUACCCAGAAACACUAGCAGUUGUGUAUAAACCGGCGUAUGAGUACAAUGUCCCAAAUGAUGCAAAUAUUGAAGUUAUAGUUGUUGAAAGAAAAAAGGACGUAAACAAUAACAUUGUAGACAAAGUUAAGCAUUUCCUGAAGUUAGAAAAUAUUCAGUCAAUAGGAAAGAUCGUGGUUAAACCCUCUGGUAUUAUGUGGCAUGGCAGUAGAUGCGUGUCGUUCCACGAAGUGGCAAAUGUGGAAGAAAUUUGUAAAGCUGUGACGGACUUAUUAUCCAUAUUGGAAGUAGAAAAUGCUGUAAUGAUUGAGGCAUUUUAUCACCCUGUAGAAUCAACAAAUCCAAAACUAGCUGAUUACUCGUUCAGAUUGAGGACCAAUGUAUGUAGGAGAAUAGACGAUACACCAAUUGCAACACAGAUGGUUUGUGGGAUAGGUCUGAAAAAUCAACCAAUCAACGGUGACAACACUAUUCCUCAUUCAUUUGAAACAACAAUGCAAAUGUGGAACAUGGAUAAAGCGGAAAUAAAGCGACUACUAAAUACUGUAUCCCAAGGUUCGGAAAAGAUCAUGGAUAGUAUUAUUGCAUUUGAACGUACGCUUUCAACAGAUUUAAGAGGAGGUGUCGGAGCUCAGACAGAUCUUAUCGGUAUAGACUAUGUUCUUGGAAUGGUAAACGGACAAAUGGAACCAGUCGGAAUAGAAGUGAACAGUCAUGACUGUACCAUUAAUUGUCAGUUGUUUGAAUUCUUGAACCCCCAUAGACAAGGAGAAGCAGUGAAACCACUAGUGGAGACCAUGAUAAGACGUUCUCAGAUGUUCGCCAUGCAAGACAAAACUGUUCUUGUAAUCGGAGCUGGAGGUUUUAGCAAAAUGUUUAUUUGGGACAGCUUUAAAUCGUUUGGUAUCAAUGUUGUUCUAGUUGAUCCUGACGAUUCGACGUAUGCUGCAUCUAAGGCUUCGCAUUUUAUUCAGUACAAUUUUCUCGACCACAAACAUGACGAGGACCAUGCUACAUACAUUAUAAAACUUCUUAAAGAGAGAGGGUUGGCGGUUGAUGGCUGUGUUACCUUUUGGGAAGACUGUGGUCCUUUAGCAGCAACAGUUUGCGAAACACUGAAAUUAAAUGGACCAGGGAAGCAAGCAGCUCAAAUUGCCAAAAUGAAAAGCUGGACACAGAACGUAUUAAGAACGAAAACAGGAGAUAUUCCACACUUCCCAAGAACGCAUCUUUAUACCAGCAAGUGCCAUCCAGUUAAAAGUGAAGAGGACAUAGAUAAAGCAAUAGACCACGUGGGGACACCAGCAGUAUUAAAAUUAGAGUAUGGGUCUAGCGCGGUUGGAGUUAAACCAGUCCGCGACCGUAUUCAGUGUACCAAUACAUACCAACAAAUAAAGAAUCAUCUUCGGUCGGAGACGGAUCACCCUGGAAUUGGACUCGGAUACGGAAAUGACGUCAUGCUGAUGGAGAAUAUCGACGGUACAGAACAUGACGUGGAUGUGGUCAUCUUCCAGAGGCAGCUUAUUACCGCAUUUGUCUCGGAUAAUGGGCCAGCUAGGAAUGGGUCGUACACAGAAACAACGGCCUUAAUGCCAACAUGCCUACCAUUGGACAGAAAAGGUCAGCUGAUAACUGCUGCAUAUCAGUGCUGUACAGAAAUAGGACUCGUUGACGGUGUUUUCAACGUUGAAAUGAAAAUGACAAACACAGGGCCAAAACUGAUUGAAAUUAAUGCUAGAAUGGGAGGAUUUUACCUUCGUGACUGGAUACAGGCUUGCUAUGGGCAUGACAUUUUACUUUAUGCGUUCAUGAUUUCAUUGGGCAUUAGACCAGUGGUUGCAAAGCAUGAACCACGAUGUACUAUCCUGGGAACAAUGUGUGUUCCAUCCGCACACAAACAGCAAUUGAAAAACCCAAACAAUUUGAAUUUGUUGAAUACACUGAUUCAAAAGAAAGCUGUACGGUAUAACCAGAUCGAGGCUUCCUUGGAAGAUUGUGGAAGUGCUGAUGAGGAAGAACCAUUUUGCAGCAUAGCAGUCGUUGACGAAAAUUUGAACAUUAAAAGAGCAAAAAGAAAAUUGACCAAUAUUUGCAAUGCACUUGGCCUGAAUACAAAGGCAUAUGACUUAAAUUACUUACUGGGUGAUUUUAAGGAAUCAUGAUUGAUGCAACUUAUGACUAUUGUGUUAAGACUGAUUACCACUUUGACAUUUUAAAAUUAGUUGGUACAAGGGACAAUAGGAAAAGGGGACCAUCUUAGUCAUUACUACAUCUAUUGAUCAAAUAACUUUCAUCAAAGAACUUUCAUCAAAGGACCGUACAACAUUAGGAGAUUUUACUUUAGGUUAAUCCAAUUUUGAAAAUAGUAAUCUCCUUUAUCAAUCAACUUUGAUUUGACGUCUCAUUUGUAAAUAAAUUUACUUUUUGCAUUAUGUACAAAUGAAAAGGUGUAUAUAUUGACAUUUAUAUACAUAUAUAUGAAUUUGAUUUAGAAUAUUGUUUCCAUGGCAACAUACAAGCAUUCCAUAUAAUUUUGUAAGCGACUGUUAGCAAUAUUAUCUAAAACUUCUUUUUGUAAUUUUAUAGAGGUAUAAAAGCGUUGAUCGCAACACAUUUUGGAAGAAUCGCGAAAGCGCUGCAUACAAAAAGUUGCCCGUUCAACGCCUUCAUUUUAAAACCUAUGAUAUUACAAAGAUGCAUUAAAUUUUAUAAUGACAAUACGAGUAAAACGUUUUAUUUUUGGUAUUGCAAAUUAUGCGGUAGUAUAAUGUAACUUUUGGAAUGCCUCGACCAAUCAUAAUCACAGAAUCAAAAGAAAUAUU